CACUCUCUGCAUCAUUUCCUAGUCUUGGCCUCUAAGCUCCUUGGCACAGGUCCCGCCCCUAGCUAGGAGCCCUACGUUCUACCCGCUCAAGACUGGACGUCACGAACGGGCAGUUCGGGUCCACACGUAACCGGGUCAGAUGGCGACUUCCACGGGCAGCCAUCGGGGUUCCAGAUGACCACGACUUUGCCUUACACCAGGCGCUAGAGCCCGCACGUCUUUAGGCGAGCCCCCGCCCCCGAGCGCGGGAACCGCUGUUUGGCUAGCCCAUGCUUCCGACUGGGCGGCCGCCCGGCGCGAGCGCGCAUGCCCAGAGCCGGCAGCGCUGAGACGCGGGGCGCUCGGGGUGGGCAGCCCGCAAGCGCGUGCUUGUGGGGCGGGGCCGCCUACGCGCGUGCGCAGAAAGGCCAGCGCGGUCCAGCGCAGAGCUGGAGGGAGCGGUGCGGUGCGGGGCGCCGAGAUACAAGAGACAUCAGAGUGGUGUGGAUAUUUACCUAAACUCACUGAAGACAACUCCCGUGACGUUGGAUGCUCUACCAUCCAGAUCAGGAAGAGGCCGGAAGAGGAUGCUGGAUCCCUUAGAACCGGAGUUACAGACAGUUUUAAACUCCCUGCACUGGCUGCUGGGAAUUGAACUCAGGUCCUCUGGAAGAGAAGCUGUGUGGGAUGACUGACUGGUUGACGGGAAGCCCCCAAGGACGGGGCUGCAAGAUUUAGCUGCUCUUAGUUCCCUUCCUGGCAGCCUGGGAACUACCUCCCAGGCACCUCAGGCGCCAUGGACUCCCCAGGGUACAACUGCUUUGUGGACAGGGACAAGAUGGACGCAUCCAUCCAGGACCUGGGGCCAAAGGAACUGAACUGCACGGAGCUGCAGGAGUUGAAGCAGCUGGCACGACAGGGCUACUGGGCUCAGAGCCACGCCCUGCGGGGGAAAGUGUACCAGCGCCUGAUCCGGGACAUCCCCUGCCGCACAGUCACACCUGACGCCAGCGUGUACAGUGAUAUCGUGGGCAAGAUUGUGGGCAAGCACAGCAGCAGUAGCUUGCCCUUGCCUGAGUUUGUGGACAACACUCAGGUGCCCACCUACUGCCUGAACACACGGGGUGAGGGGGCUGUGCGCAAGAUUCUCCUGUGUAUCGCCAAUCAGUUCCCCGACAUCUCCUUCUGCCCUGCCCUGCCUGCUGUGGUGGCCCUGCUGCUGCACUACAGCAUUGACGAGGCUGAGUGUUUCGAAAAGGCCUGCCGCAUCCUAGCUUGCAAUGACCCCAGCAAGAAGCUCAUUGACCAGAGCUUCCUGGCCUUCGAGUCCUCCUGCAUGACAUUUGGGGACCUGGUGAACAAGUACUGCCAGGCGGCCCACAAACUGAUGGUGGCUGUGUCAGAGGACGUCCUGCAGGUCUAUUCUGACUGGCAGCGAUGGCUGUUUGGGGAGCUGCCCCUCAAUUACUUUGCUCGUGUUUUUGAUGUCUUCCUUGUAGAAGGCUACAAGGUAUUGUACCGCGUCGCUCUGGCCAUCCUCAAGUUCUUCCACAAGGUGAGAGCAGGACAGCCCAUCGAGUCAGACAAUGUGAAGCAAGACAUCCGCAUAUUUGUCAAGGACAUUGCCAAGACAGUGUCCCCUGAGAAACUACUAGAGAAGGCUUUUGCCAUCCGCCUGUUUUCCCGAAAGGAGAUCCAGCUCUUGCAACUGGCCAAUGAGAAAGCACUAAAGCAGAAGGGCAUUACUGUCAAACAGAAGAGUGUCUCACUUUCUAAAAGGCAGUUUGUGCACUUGGCUGUCCAUGCAGAAAACUUCCGCUCAGAGAUCGUCAGCGUGAAGGAGAUGAGAGACAUCUGGUCCUGGAUCCCCGAGCGUUUUGCCCUCUGCCAACCCCUCUUACUCUUCUCCUCGCUGCAGCAUGGGUACAGCCUAACCAGGUUCUAUUUCCAGUGUGAAGGACACGAGCCUACCCUCCUGCUCAUCAAGACCACGCAAAAGGAGGUUUGUGGUGCUUACCUGUCAACAGACUGGAGCGAAAGAAAUAAGUUUGGAGGCAAACUGAGCUUCUUUGGAACCGGAGAAUGCUUUGUUUUUAGGCUGCAGCCAGAGGUGCAGCGUUACGAGUGGGUGGUCAUCAAGCAUCCAGAGCUGACUAGGCCGACAUCCUUCAAGUCCUCAGAGGCUGCAGCCGCUCCUUCCCUCCUCAGCCACUCCGUCUCUUCAGACCCUGCUGAUCGGCUCUCGCCUUUCCUGGCUGCCCGGCACUUCAACCUGCCCUCCAAGACUGAAUCCAUGUUCAUGGCUGGGGGCAAUGACUGCCUCAUCAUUGGGGGAGGAGGUGGCCAAGCACUCUACAUUGACGGGGAUCUGAACCGCGGCCGCACUGGACACUGCGACACCUUCAACAACCAACCCCUCUGCUCUGAGAACUUCCUCAUCUCAGCUGUGGAGGCCUGGGGCUUCCAAGACCCUGACACCCAGUGAUGGGUCUGCGUUGAUGGUGACUGAGCCACGUUGUGGAGUGAUGGGGUGGAGGCCAAGCUGCCUCUUGAGGGAGCAGGGAGUGAGUGAGACACCACCCCUAUGAAGCAGUCAGGCUUGGUGCACAGUGGGGACGUCACUGUCAAGAGGCAAGCCUGGCUGCUGCUUGGACUGGCUGCCCCUCUGCCUUGGACUUGUUAGGCUAGGACCCUGAACCCUCCUACUUCUGAGCUCGAGGGGCUGUUAUGCUCCCAACGCUGUCCAGUGUCUGCCCUCACCCAGGGUCCUGGCUCUGCGUGGAGGGGUCCUGUGCCCAAGAUUGCCCGGGGCUAUGUUGCUCUGCCCCUGGGCCUCAGCCCUUUGUAGGGAAAGGGCAAAGGAAUCUUAUUGCCAAAUGUGGGUCUGUGGUGCCCCCUGCUGGUUCUUUGUCUCUGUAGCGCCAAAGAACCAGCCUCUGCCCUCUGAGGCUUCUCUGAGCUACAUUUGCUGCUCCAGGAUAGGAUGGGGAGGGCAGUAUUGUACAGGGCUCUGCAGCUUCUCCUGUCCUAGAAGGAUGAGGGCUGGAGAGCUGUCUUUUGUCUUUGAGUUUCUGCAGAGCCGGAAGCUCUUGCUGCACCUCACUGCAAGUCCACACCUGAAGGUGGCUUCUGGAGAGACGUUCUUUGACCAACCUGGCCAGUCAGCUCCCUCUCCAGGGUUCUCCUCAGAGAUAACUGGGCUCAGUGAGGCUUUUGCCCUCCUUCUGUACAUCCCUGUAGCCUCCUUGAACUCCUGUAGUCUUGGUGACUCCUGUGUUUCCUUUCCUUGUCACUGUAGUGACUGAGGCCCAGGAUCACCCGAACCCUAGCAUGGCAUGCUUGUCUCAGUUCAGCCUUCUGCCUUCUCCUCAGGCCUGUGGUUCCCUGUUCACACAGCAUUUGAUAAACCAGUGUGACUUUCAGAUCCCUGUGCUGUCACGAUGACUAGCCACAUGCCAUGUUUUCUGUGUGCUACCCCUUCUCCCUUCCAGUCUCUGGAUGUCUGUGCUUCUUGAGCCCUGUACUGGCCUGGCACACAGUAGAUGCCGAGGGAAGUACCACCUCCGAGAGGACUGCAGCAAGCUCCAUUUCCCCAGAACCUCCCUCCCACCCUGUGACCUCCCUCAGCUGGUCCUGAGGGUCUAGGCACCACAGAGGAAGAGAGAAGCAGCAGUGGCCCAAAUGACUGUGCUGGGGCCACAGAAGUCUGGAUCAAACGGACAGUUGCCUGGUUCCCCCAUGACUAUGUCUGGCAUGCCUCAGUCAGCACUGGUUCCCACAUGACUGUGUCUGGCAUAUCUCAGUCAGCAUGUGUCACACCAGUGCUUGUCUCCGUGAUGAUACUCUUGCUGUGGGAGGUUUAUCCUUCCCUGUUCCAUCUAUUCCCAUCAACUCCUAGCAAGACCACAUGGCACAAGAGGCAGGGCAGGGAGGAGCCCUCUGAAAUUUUGGGCCAUCUGGUAAACCUGAAUAGAACUUUGGAUUCUGCACAGUGGACCAGUUCUCCCACCAUGCUGGCUUCUGGGACAGGUCGAUUUGACUCUCUAGAGGGAAGAAGUACUGGGAGGAACUGUUGUUGCUCACCUCCACAGAGUGUUGUAGCCCCUACCACCCAUUCCUCUGAGCCCAUGGUCCCAGGCCUGUACUCCCAACUUUGGUGUUCACUUAACACCAUCUUGGUUUUUGUUAUUGUUGUUUCUGGCAAGAUCUUACUAGGUAACCUAUUUGGUCUGGAACUCCCUAUGUAGCCCAGGCUAGCCUGGAAAUUCCUAUGUAGCCUAGGUUGGCCUCAAAAUCAUGACCUGCCUCAGCCUCCUAAGUGCCAGGCUCAGAGGCAUUAAGCUCAGCACUUUCCUCUUGCAUUAACUCUGAGGCCCCCAGGACUUUUCCAGGCUGUGCCAUCAUGAUGCUCACCCAUGCAUUGCCACUGGGACUCAGUCGCCUGUCAGAAGCAGAUUAAGUUAACUGGGCAGUGUGUGCAGGGCCCUGCAAGGUUCCUGACUGGGUAGUAGAUUUCUUGUUUUGUGUGGCCCCCACUGGCCUUCCUGGGGGUCCAGCCUAAGAAGACUGGUCGAUACUUAGUCAUGAUUACAUCAUAAGCAAAGUUCUUAGCUUUUACCCACAGCAUACUCAGUUUUUUAAAUUUAAUAUCUCCUUUUUUCUGACUUUUCUACCAAAAGGCGUGUGUCAUUCUCUUUAUAUUUUUAUUCUUAUCUGAUACUGAGUGUUUCUACUUAGUAUUUAUUAAUAUUUUCUAUUAUUUAUUAGCUUUUAAUGUUAAAAACAAGCCAAAACUUGAUGGCAUUGUAUAAGAAGUCAUAUUUUAUCAGCAUUUAAAUAUUUGUUUUUAAAACAAAUAUUGAACUUAAUGUAAGCCAGUUCGUUAAACUAACUAACUAACUUAGUUAAUAUAAACCGUAUGCCUUGGGGACCUCAGAAAACCAGUUUGUACUUUGGUUUUGUUUGUGACAAGAGCAGUGUCAUGUAGCUUGGGCUAGCCUUGAACUCUCUUUGUGCUCCCACACCCCACAUGUUCGGAUCACAGGUGUACCACUUUGCGUGGUAAUGAUCAGCUCAUUUUAAAAAUAAUUUAUGAUACAACAGUGGGUGUUUGCAUUUUAAGAAUUUCUCUAUUGUAAUUAUUGAACUAAAUUACUAUUUUAGUUUUUCUUAUGUUUGUGAGCUGCCACGUGGGUGCUGGGCAUUGAACCUGGGUCCUCUGCAAGAGCAGCCAGUGCUCCUAACCACUGAGCCACCUCUCCAGCCCCACAGUUUUUCCUGUUUUUGUCAUCUGCUUGCUUUUAUUUUUCCAGUUUUUCAGAGCACUUUGUUUUAGAGCACUCUGGAUUUCACAUUUUCAAGUUUUUCUUACUCAUUUCCUGAGUCAUUUCCUAGAGCUUUUCUGGUCUCCUUAAGUAUUUUAUAUUUAAUAAUUUAGGUUUGUACUCAUUUUUUUAAGAUGCUGAGGAUUGAACCUAGGAUCCUAUACAUGCUAGGCAAAUUCUCUACCACUGAACUAUGUCCUCAGCCCUACGUUUGUGUCUUGAACUGGUUUUCAGUUUACAUCAGAAUUGCUGAGAUGGAAGUUUUUGUAGACCCUCAUCCACUUGUCCACUGUAAAUAUCAAAACAAUUGACCAAGUGACAUGCCUCAAUCCCAGCAAUCAGAAGGUAGAGGCAGGUGGAUCUCUGUGAGUUUGAGCCCAGCCUAUUCCAGACCAGCCAAGACUACAUAAUGAGACCUUGUCUUAAAAAAUAUUGGAGGGAGGGGUUGUUUGGAGGGAAGGCUCAGCAUUUAGAGCACUGGCUGCUCUUCCAGAAGAUUCCCAGCACCUACAUGGCAGCUCACAAUCAUCUAUAAAUCCAGUUCCCAGGGAUCCAGGCCCUUUUUGGCCUCUGUGGGCAUUGUACCAAUGUGGUACAUAGACAUAAAUAUAGACAAACCACUCAUACACAUAAAAUAAAAGUAAAGGAAAAAAUAAAACAGAAAUUAGCAUAGAUGCAGCCCCUGACUAAACCUCAAGCCUGUUUUUCCACUUGCCAGGAAUAAAUGCAGUUUUUACAGAUACCUGCUUUCUCACAUUUUCACUGAAUCUACAAAAUUGUCCAACUCAAAAGACUGUACUAGGUUUUUGGGUUGUUUUGUUUGUUUGUUUUGUUUUGUUUUAAGCCACCAAUCAGGAUGUAGUUCUCUAUAGAACUAUGUACUACCUCCAAGGUAGCUAGCUCCUCAGUCGCUCUCCAGGUUUAUGUGGCAAAAUUAUUAUGUCAAGCAUGAUGUCAAGCAGGCCUUAGAGUUCUUUCCCACAGUAUUUACAUCAGGCCAGAAAGCAUGUGAAGUAGAAAAGAUCAUUUUGGUAUGAAGAUUCUUACCUGGGCCUGGUGUGUGUCAAACCCCAGCACAUGGAAAGUGGAGGCAGGUAGAGCAGGUCAUCCUUAGUUACAUACUGAGUUCAAGGCUAGCUUUGGCUACAGGAGACCUUGCCUCAAGCAAAACAAAACAAACAAAAAAAGGAACGUUUUUUUUUAUGACCUCCCUCAUUACCUCAGUUUCUGAUUGUGCUGUUGGUAUUGGGUGCAGUCAUGUGGUACAUUACUACAGACAAAAUGAUUGCUGUGUGCAGGCUCAGUCAUUUUCUUGAACUGCAUGGAAUUUGUGAACAUUGUAUCUAGGACUAAGGGAGCGGUCAGUGGACAUAUAGACCCACUGACCUGUGACAUGGCAGGAACCAACCAACCAGAACAGUUCCAUGUAGACUGGUAUCCACUGGUGUGCCACUUGGUUGCUCUGCAGCUGCUGCCUGGCUGUUGUCCUACAUGAAGAGACUGGAGCACCUCUGCUGUGUAUUGUAUCAUAGCAUUUGACAUGUGGUCAGAAGCUUGUAAGCUGGAGUGGAGAGAUGGCUUAUCCAUUAAGACGCCAGCUGGGCGAGGUGGUGCCCGCCUUUAGUCCCAGCACUCAGGAGGCAGAGGCGGGUGGAUCUCUGAGUUCGAGGUCAACCAGGGCUACACAGAGGAACCCUGUCUUGGGGCAGGGGGAACACUUGCUCUUCCAGAGAACCCAGGCCUCUGGGCACUGCAUACAUGUGAUGCACAGACAUACAUGUAGGCAAAAACAACCAUGCACAUAAAAAUAAAGCUUAAAAAGUUUAUAAGCUGAGGACUGAAGGGGAAGAAUUUCCAAGCAUAGUUUUACCUUUUGAAUCUUGUCAUUACGGGCUUUGACAAGUGGUCACCAAUUGGGAGUCAUGGUGCACACCUAUAAUCUCAGCACUCAUGAGACUGAGGCCGGAGGAUUGCAAGCAUGAAGCUAAUCUGACUUAACUGAGUUUCAGGCCAGCCUAGCUUACAUAGUAAGACCUUAUCUUAAAAACAAAGAAACAACAAAAAACCACGUGGUCCCUGGCUGACCCUGUGGAGCAUCUGAAUGAGUGUACUACACAUGCUCAUACUUACAGAACAAAAGUGUGGAUUUGCAGCGAAAUAUAAUUUUGUAAUGUGAAAUAAGUGAUUUGGUGAUGUUUGGUUAGUGUUAAUAAAAGUCCUGAAUAAAACUGAUAACUGAUGAAGAGGCA